AUGUUCGUUCUCAUCUCUUCCCGGGCGUGGGAAUAUGCAGGAAAGUGGGUGACUGUCACAACUUCCUCAUCUCUCUCCAUUAUCUAUCCUAGUCUCUUCAUUAUUUAUCUAUCUAUCUCAAUAUAUCCAUAUCUAUCUAUCUAUAUCAAUCGGAUUAUUCUUAUCUAUCAAUCUAUCUUACUCUGUGCAUUAUCUAUCUAUCUAUCUAUCUAUCUAUCUAUCUAUCUAUCUAUCUAUCUAUCUAUCGUAGCCUCUUCAUUAUCUAUCUAUCUAUCUAUCUAUCUAUCUAUCUAUCUAUCUAUCUAUCUAUCUAUCUCAGUCUAUCCAUAUCUAGAUAUAUCAAUUGGACUAUUCUUAUCUAUAAUUCUAUCUUACUCUGUGCAUUAUCUAUCUAUCUAUCUAUCUAUCUAUCUAUCUAUCUAUCUAUCUAUCUAUCUAUCAUCUGUCCAUAUCUCCCACUCUCUCCCUCCCUCUGUCUGUCUGUAUGUCUCUCUCUGUCUCUCUGACUCUGUCUCUGUCUCUGUCUCUAUCUCUAUCUAUCUAUCUAUCUAUCUAUCUAUCUAUCUAUCUAUCUAUCUGUCAUAUUUUAAUGAUACAACGAGCGUGUCUGUCGAACGAGCGAAUGUCCACUCUCACUUUUGCUGCAGAAACCUCGCCAUGCACAAAACAGUGGUCAGUCGAACGCCGCCUCCGCCCUCACUAGUAGCCGUUGCCACCGCCACCGCUGCUGCUGCUGCUUGA